AUGACGCAACAACCACAGCAACAAAAACCAGGCCCUAUAUAUCAUGCUUCGUAUGGUGUUUCUCAAGGCAAACCUUCGGGCCCCUAUCAUCCAGUACAAAGUAAACAAGCUUGUAUCAGUGUUUCUCGACGAGGUGUUGUGAGACUCACUGCACAAGGCAAGACUGAUGCAAGGUAUUUUCAAGUAUCAUCGGUUUUAGAGGCCACACAGGAUCAUUGGAUUUCACAUGCAACAUGGAAAGGAUGCAAGGAUGACUCUUUACUGUUGGUAACUUAUUCUUCACAAUCACAUCUGGUAAGAGCAUAUCGCGUCACCAUAAAAUGGAAUUUCAAUGCCAAGCCUGCGCCUAGUGCCAAUGGUACCUCAAACCCUCCACCACCUGAAAAUAACAGCGAUUUUGCUGUGAUAUCAAUAGAUCGUGUACUUUCUACGACAAUCGAACCACCACAAGAAGCCAGAGGUAUGUCACUGACCCAUCUUCAAGCCAUUCCCAAUAUCCCCCAUAAGCAGCCUGUGGGGGGUGAUAAUAUAGAAAACGAGCUAUACUUUGUAUAUGGCUCACUCAAGAAAAGCGUCAGCUGUAAAUAUUCUCUGACUGACAAACAAAUGUCUCUUCAUUCAAGCUUCUACUCCCUUGGAAGCAGGCGGGAUAAUUCAAGGGAGAAAGUUGAAACCAAGCUAGUUUUCCAGGAACUGGUCGAACACUCUGGUGGUCCAGUCGUCAACUUUAGUUAUGAAUCUCACGACACAUUUAGAGUCAUUGUUUCAGCGAAUGGAAAGGUUGAUUUAAAAUAUCGUGGUCUUCACCAGAGUCCACCAGCUGGUCAAGACAAGGGUCCCAAAACGUUUCUCAGUGUUUACGACGCCAAAUACCUGUUCCCUGCGAUGUCAAUAACCCGUGUCUGUUUGUCACCAAAUCAAGUAUCUUAUGCUUAUUUGGAAGACAAUCAGCUAAAAAUCAAUUAUGUUGAGAGGCAACUUGCUCAAAGUAGCAGCAGUGAAGAAGAGCUUUUGUCAUCAGCUAUCGUAUUAGCGGUUAGAAAUUCCAUUUCUUGCUUUAGUAACGUAGCGAGUGAUGAUCUUUUUUGCGUGAUAACUAAAGAGCUGGCAAAUGUCAAGAAGAAUACACCAAAGGUAUAUGACAAGUUCCUCCGCAUAUUACUUCAGGAAUCACAUAGAGCCGUUAACUUCACCUUGGAUCUGCCUAAGGACUACCAAAUCGACAAGGUUAUGGUCAAUCCAUCACUUCAACGACUACUUAGUUUGCAACUGACCCUCGGCACUGUUAAUAAAAACUGGGAACGAAAUCCUAUGAGCAAGGUUGCCUGGGCAGUGCUCAAUAUUCGUCUACUAGCGUUUGCUUUAACGUUCACUCUUCGUGCAUCUUCCCAGCCCAAAAUUCAAGUUCCUGCUGGAACUAGUGAAAUGGAGGUAAAGGCGAACCAUGUGCAAACUAUGUUGGGCCUCAUUCGUUGGUGUACAGAUCUAUUAGCAUACAUCUGUCAAGAGCUGUACAUGUUAUCACUUGACAGACAAGAAAAAGAUGGUGAAGAAAAUACAUCAAUAGCUGCGGCUAUAAUGUUUGCUAGCGUGCCUAGAAUGCUCCUUAUUUAUUCAUUACGAGGAAUUCGUGGACUAGAAACAAUGACAAGUAGUUUUGCGAGCCAAGAGAAUAACCCUGUGAGUGGUAUUGCAGCAAUGACUUAUCAGCGACUUAAGGAAACUAUGUCCAUGGCACCUGUGCCACUACCAUUAUUUGAAAAGAUGUUGACUGAUGUCGAUGGAUCGAUAAAACGGCUACAACCUACACUUCAGGAUAGGUUAUCGAUAGAACAAAAACUCAUGCUUGAUGCCAAAAUUCCUAAGGAGCUGAAACCAAUAAAAGACCGUGUAAUAGAAGUUUUUCGAACCAGUUUAUUGCCAGAAAUAGACGUCUCGGCCUUGUAUUUUUAUGACGUAAGCUGGCUGGGCUUAGAUGGAGAACAAGACAAUGGUAAUGAGAGUAAUACCUGGGAGCCGAAUCAAUCACAGCAAGAAAUUGACAUUUUGAGAAAAAUCAUAAUAUCUAGUCCUAGUGAGAGUAAGCGACGGUGCGUGCGGUGUGGAGGUUUGUCAAUUUGGGAUGAUAUGAAAACAUUAAUGUACACCCAAUGGACAGUUGCUUUUCAAAAGAACUGUUUAUGUGGUGGAAACUGGUAUAGUAUUUAA